AUGCAAAGUGAAGAAAUUACCGAGCAAGAGAAACAAAGCCAGGCGAAAAAUCCAGCCGAAUGGCUGAACUUGAGCCUGGGCGUAAACCCAUCGGAAGAAUCCAAAUCCACGGAGCCAAAAUCAGAAUCAUCACCGCCUGUAGUUAAUAUUUGCCCCAAAUUAUUCUCUUGCAAUUUCUGCAUGCGCAAGUUCUACAGCUCGCAGGCGUUAGGCGGGCACCAAAACGCACACAAGAGAGAAAGGGGCGCCAGACAGUACCAAUCUCAAAGGAUGAUGCACCUCAUGGCCGACGGGGUUCCACUGGGCAGGUCGCUAGGCGUGAGAGCGCACUCGCUCAUACACAAGCCCGCGGGCCGAGAUGGGGCUCCGAAGGCCGCAAGAUUCGGCGAGACGGACGCGAGAUUUGGCGCGGCGCGUCUCGAGGAAGGAGAAGAUUGUCUCGUGUGGCCGGGAAGUUUCCGAUUUAAUCAACAGGAGUCCGAGAAGGCCAACGUUCUUGACUUGAGUCUCAAGCUGUAG